AUGCCUGCAAGGCAAGAGAGAGUGCGUGCUGGUAAUAGGAAACAGUGUCCCGCACCUGAUGUGCCGCACGGAGGAGAGCGUCAGGCGAUGUUGGAGUCUGAUGGCAACAGCCAACAACCUGCACUGCAGCGCCGAAGAGUGGAGGAAACUCUGCAGCAACCAAAGUGGACCCUUGAGAGUCCUGUUAGGGAUAUACUGCUGGAGGGGAGCUUGGCUGUUAAAUUGAAGCUGAAUGAUUUCCUUCGAGGUAAAUUUUGUGGCAUGGGCGUUGUGGAGUCCAAUGAGAGCGUCUUGAUGGAGGAGUUUGCUGCGCACCCCACGAGGUUUAUCGACGACACAAAAUUACUGGACACAAUAAAGACAUCGGAGUCGUAUAACUUGGCUCGGUGCGUGAUGGAAUGGAGGAAAGGUGCUGAAAUGAUUACCAUGCGUGACGUGGCCUAUCUUCAUGGCAAAGGUGUGUCCACCCUAAAACAGUGGUGGGAAUUUGAAGACGAGGGUAUGGGUGGUACUGAGAGCAGGCAAAAACUUGACAGGGUGCUACAUGAAGUGCGGAUGCGGACAAUACUGCUUAAAACACAGGUGCUGGAGGGUUUGUACGAGUCCGUAUACAAUGCGAGGUGGAGCCACGUUAUGGAAGCGGCUGACGUUGAGGCAGGGAUGGGACUGAAGGUGAAAGAAGGAAAACCACCACAGUCAUGGGAGUACAAGGAGGAAGGUGGAACUCUCGAAAUCCAUAACGAAAAAAAGAGACUCCAUCCGCCACGUCUCAGGCUGAUGGUGCUCUCCUCUGAGAGGCAAUGGCCCUACUCCUGGAGUAGGGUGGAAGGUAUUACUGACUGCUACGUUACCGCUGAGGUUGAGCGGGUGUGGAAGGUCGUUGAGGGCGAUCUCAAAGGAUUGUUCGGCACUGACGGUCCAAAAAUCUUUAAAACAUGGCGGCACCUUUUGAUUGGGACGUCCGGGAUAGGGAAAUCGAUGGCGGCUGGCUCUUACCUCCUUUAUCAGCUGCUGCACUACGACGCUGCGAAGUUCCAUGUGGUUGUGUACUGCUUUGGAAGAGAGUUGGCAUACGUGUUUGACAAGACGGCACAAACGGUGUCAGAAUACAAAGCUGAGGACGAUAUUAUGAUUGUUGUAAAAGAUCUAGCUCAGCGUGGAAUGAGAGGGUAUGUUAUCUGCGAUGCAGCAAUGCAGGGAGCACCGUCACCGGCGCAUUUCCCGCCUUCCAAAUCAUGGGGCAUGAUUCUCGUGUCAUCCCCAGACAGGAACCAAUUUGAAGUUUGGAAGCAGGCAAUGCAUCCCAGGCAGAUUAUAAUGAAUUGCCCUGACGCGAUUGAUGUGAAGGCGAUGUAUGUCUGGGAACGCCGCGAUCAGCCUGUGCAGGAGCAAGCGGAGUGCUGGAAGAUGGUCGAACAACACAUGUGUAACGUGGGCCCGAUUCCACUUUGCAUCUUCAGCGAGGCCGAGUACGUGGAACGCUUUAACGCGACUGAGGAUGCUGUGAAGUCGAUGAGCGCUUCGGAUGCUGAGCGUUACUCCGUUAUCGGAACUGGGAAACUGUGGCAUUUCGAGGGUGCGUCUCACCAGCUUCUGAGGCUUGACCGAAAAAGGGGAGAUACCGGGUGUGAGGCAUUUCUCAAUGUGCCGAUAUGUGAGAAACUGUGGCUGCAAAUAUUUGAUAAGUUGGCAACGAUAAUGGGGGAGAAAGAUGUAUUAUUGCUGGUAUGGAGGUUGAAGGAGUCCUGCUUGCCAGAAGCUCGUGAAAACUAUAUUGUGCCUGCAUUUACACUGUGGGGCUUUGUGGGGGCGAUACAAUACAAACUCAAGGAACUGACACCGCCAGAAUGGCGCCCGCGACGGCCCUGUGCACUGCGAGUGUGGCCUUCUGACCACCCCAAAAAGUCCGUUUUAUUGCUGCGAAAGGAAUACAACCCUGCGAAGGUUGACAUAAAGUACGGGGUGUUGUAUGAACCGGAGGACGAAAGCUUCCCAUUGUUGGACGCCUUUUUCUUCCUCAAGCCACCGCAGAACACGAUGGUUGGGCUGCAGGUGAAGACCUCAAAAAGAAAACACAUUACAGCCAGCAUCGUGAGGCGGCUCAGUGAGUAUCUGGCGGAGUAUUUUAAUGUGAGGAAAACCUUUGCUCUCGACCUAUUAUGGGAGAUUAUCUACGUGCACUAUCCAGAGAGUGUGCCAAUAAACAGGUGGCAAAGGUGUGAUCUCGUUCAGCACCCGCACGGGGAUGAAGGCAAAGCGGAGGAGAUAAUUGCGGCAUUUUGGAAGCGGCAGGUGCAUCAGUACAAUGUGGCGAUAUCACCUGAAGACCUGCAUGUCGUCUGUGGUGGUUGA